AUGGGAUCUGGGAUGGCGGACGAGACUCAAGUUGAUGGGUCUCGAGGAGCUAAGUUAACGGCUCAUCCCGCUUCAGGGAAAACUGGUGUUGUCAACGAGACAACUGAAACACCCUCAAUCUCACAGCUAGCUGAGGAAAGUAAUCAAAACCUUCUCCCUGAUUUGGUGCAACCUGUCCGUUUGGUCAACCAACCAGAUCCUGUGAUUCUUCCUCGACUACGCCCAAUCCCGCGAAAUCAUGUAAAAUCAAAGAAAGGUGAUAAAGGGUCUAUAUCCUUUGAAGAAACCCACUCUGAUGAUCCAAAUCAGGUUCCUGUUCAAAACAUCUCUGAUGGUGAUGAUUCUGAUGAUGAUGAAGUUCCUCUGUCUGAAACUCUUCCAGAAAGUGUUGCUGCGCGGUUGAAAAGGAAAAUAAGAACCGCUGCUAGUGAAGCCCCUUCUGUUCCUCAGAAGAAGACCAAGUCGUUUCCUGCUACUCCUAAGUCCAAGAAAAAGGAUGUGAAAGGGAAAGGCAAAGCAAAGGCUGAGAAAAGCAAGAGUGAGAAGAAGAAGAAGGCUCAUGUUAUUGUUUCUGAGUGUGAGUCAGAUGUUGAAGCAGAUGACCCAGAUAUCGUGCCUGCUGAAAAGAAGAAGUUUGCAGGAAGGCGUAUUCCAAAGAAUGUUCCUGCUGCCCCUCUUGACAAUGUCUCCUUCCAUUCUGAAGAAAAUGUUCUAAAAUGGAAGUAUGUCUAUCAAAGAAGACUUGCUAUUGAAAAGGAGGUUGGUACUGAUGUGCUUGAGUGCAAGGAAGUUAUGAGGCUUAUGAAGGAAUUUGUGGUGAAUUUGUCUGUGGAAGUGAGACUUCCUGAGAGUGAUGAAUACAGAAAGGUGUAUGUUAGGGCAAAACGUGUGAAGUUUUCUUUUGAUGUGAUCAACAAAGCACUUGGAAGAAGUGUUGCUGCAGUUGCUGAUGAAGAGCAACCCUUGGAUGUUGUUACCAAGGAACUCACUGCUGGAAAGGUUCAGAAAUGGCCAAAGAAUAAGCUGUUGUCCACUGGGAAUCUCAGUGUGAAAUAUGCAAUCCUUAACAGGAUUGGUGCUGUAAAUUGGGUCCCUACCCAACAUACCUCUGCUAUCUCUACCACUCUUGCCAGGUUAAUUUACAAGAUUGGUACUAUGGUUCCUGUUGAUUUUGGUACUUUUGUUUUUGAACAGACAUUGAAGCCUGCAGAAACUUGUGCUGUGAAACUGCCCAUCUCUUUUCCAUCUCUGAUCACAGAGAUCAUUCUGCAACAACAUCCCAAGAUCGCCAGGGAUGAUGAGGAGUCUAUGCCCAAAGGUGCUCCUAUCACCUUGGACCAUCGUUUGUUUUCUGGGCCUCAUGUCCCAAACAUUGCUGUGCCAUCCAGCAGGACAUAUGCUUCUGCUCCAGUGAGUAAGUCUGGAGCGAGGGUUAUUAUUGAUGAAUUGCGGGCUGUUUCCAAGGCUCUUCAGGUGACUAUCACUGCAAGGAAACUCAAGGUGGAUGAGUUGUUGGCUAAGCUUCAAGAGGAAGAAGACCAAGAGGGUGAGCUAAGUGCUGUCAAUACUGCUGCUGCAGAUGCAAGCACUGAUGAAGAGGGAGGAUCUGAUGAGAAUGGAGAUGAAACUGGGGAAGAAUCCAGUUCUGAUGAUUAG